AUGGCAAAGACCAAACAGACUGCAAGGAAAUCCAUGGGGGGGUUUCCGCGUUACCCAACGUACGAACUCCAAGGCGCAGCCCCAUCCAGGAAUACGGAGCCCAGCAUCGCUGAAAAUGCGGGCGACGCAGACAUCAAAGCGGAGGAGCUGCCCAUCGCAGUCGUUCGGCAACGCGACCAGGUGGCCUCGAGAAUCAUUCAAGACCUUGUACGGAUGAAGUUUGGCAGGUCGGCCUCUGGAUGUAUAGACAUAAGAGUCACUACGCUGGACGGUCGGGCGAUUCUCGAUGUUAGCAACUGUCUGGCGAAGCUCAGUGAGGAUCGAGAGUGGGCUCAGGAACGUGGGAUCGUUGGAGAGAUGCCGUUGCCUGAGCCACUGUCGUGGCCGACAGUCGAAGUGGCACGCGGGUUGAGCACGAGUUACAACACAAAUCCGCUUGGCAUGGAUAUCGACCAUGUGCAGUGGUCUGUGGACGACAUGGCGAAAGCAAAGCAGUUGCUCAAGGAGGAUGCAACCGUGUACCGCGAUAAGAUCAUGGGGUUCUAUCCGAAAUUCGCUCCUACCCGGAGAAUCGCGCAGACGCGGUCGAAUGUGUCGAUGACAUCGUUCGCUGCGCAGCGCCUCCGAGUCAACUUCCAGCAGCCACACCAAGCACCACCCGCGAGGGCAUUCGCUGCACCAGCCAAUCAAGCCAAUCUCCAGCACCGAGACCAACCACAAUCCGCUGAGACACCUACAACGACAGCAUCAACAACGACAACCACCCAGUCGCCGAACUGCCAGAUCUCCGUCACGCAAACGACGGAGUCCGGCAACGCCAACCAGAGCACACAGGUCAAGGAGGCGUCGAAAAGAGAUACAACAGCUGAGAUGGAGGAGCUACGCAACUUCAAAAAAGCCAACAGACGCCGCUUCAAGGCGUGGAAGUCCAAAGAAGCCGACAAGCAAAAGGCACGCGACAAGCUAGCAGAAUUGGAGGCGGAGCAGAAGCGCAUGAAAGAGUAUCUCGCUGAUUUGGAAGCUGGUUCGGAGGAGGAUGAUCAGGAUGCUGCAGACAACGAGGAAGGAUGGUAA